UGUUUCUUUCUCUGUCUUGAAAAAAAAAGACUCCUGUGUUUUGAUGUCCUCGGGUGGGGUGUGGGCUUGUAAUGGUCGCGAGGCGGCCAACUCCCCCCAUCCCCACCCCCCAUAUGCUUUUUUUCCUGCUGAGGAUUUUUUGGCGGGCGCGGUGUUGUGGGCUCGGUGGGCUGAGGUGUGUUCCCCGUACGAUUCUCGCCUCUCCUUUCUCUUUUUCUUUCUUCUCUGAUCCCGGACUUCAUUUUGCCCUGUUGACAGAAUCUGACUGCAAAGGCUUGCGUGUUAUGACGACCCCCAACAAAGGAAACAAAGCCUUGAAGGUGAAGAGGGAGCCAGGUGAGAAUGGGACCAGCUUGACAGAUGAAGAGCUGGUGACCAUGUCUGUGCGGGAGCUGAACCAGCAUCUGCGGGGCUUGUCGAAGGAGGAGAUAAUCCAGCUCAAGCAACGCCGGCGGACCCUGAAGAACAGAGGCUAUGCUGCCAGCUGCCGUGUCAAGAGAGUGACACAGAAGGAGGAGCUGGAGAAGCAGAAGGCGGAACUUCAGCAGGAGGUGGAGAAGCUGGCCUCCGAGAAUGCCAGCAUGAAAAUGGAACUUGAUGCCCUGCGCUCCAAGUACGAGGCACUGCAGAACUUCGCCCGGACCGUGGCCCGGAGCCCUGUCACCCCUGCCCGGGGACCACUUGCUUCAAGCAUGGGGCCCCUUGUGCCUGGCAAGGUUGCCACCACCAGCGUCAUCACAAUAGUGAAAUCCAAAACGGACACCCGGUCUUAGUGAAACGAGCACCGCCUGGGCUUGUGUGUGCAGGGCAGAUAGGCACAAAGCUCAUCCGGAAUCCCCAAAGCACAACCCUCUCACCCAGAUGGUCCAGCCACACAGGCACAUGCUGGCCUGCUUGUCACUGCAGUCCCCUUGUUUUUAGCUUUGUUCUGGUUGAUGUGACUAAUGGUAAUGCAACCCUUCUGUGUGAGCAGAACCUUCCGCCCAGGGUAUUCUGGGAAAAGAAACUGAAGGACCUCCAUAUCUUAGCCAAAGGGAUUUUCAGCAGCAUAGAGUAGAUUCUUGGGGGGUGGAAUAACCCAAAAAGAGGAGGGAAGAGGUCAGAGAAAAUUGGGAGACCUGCUCUGCUGUCAGUAUCUUCUGAUGAUUUAUACUAUUCUUCCAGGGUUGUGUGUCAGCUGUCCAAUCUGCUGCUUGUAAAUUGCUUGAUAUCAGUGACUACAAUGGGGGUAGUUUGUGUAACCAUUUUUAUAUUAACAUCUAGUCGCGCCUCUUGUGUUGAAAGGUGGAAUUCCGUGGGACUUUUCCUGAAGCGGGAGGGAAAGGGCAAAACUGCAGUUUCCUGGUGCUUGUGCUGCAGAGAAGGGAAAAGAGACAAGAAUGGGCACUGUAUUAACCUGCGUCGGGAAGAAGGCAGGCUGUACCAUGGUGACUACAGGCCAGUUUUGUGCCUAAUGUGUUGCACUGAUCAAGACCAAAAUCACUAGUUGUUUCAUGUGUUUGCAGAGUAUCAAGUGUCUCUAGUGUGAUGGUUUACACAACCAGUUUAUGUGGUUUAAAUAGCCCUUUAUUUAAGAGAGAAACGUUCAUUUUAAGAAUCAUGGAAUCUAAGUUUUCAAACCUAAAAUUGGACAAAACUUGUAUUGGAUAGUCUCCUUUUUAACCUGAGAGGGUGAGAAUAUUUGAUUGUUGUAUUCUCGGAGGCAUUGCUAGUUUGAAAAAGAAAGUAAAUUUUAAAAGUUUCUUGCUAAGUCUUUGUGGCUCUGAGGUUGGUUUUUAUAAAGAGUUAUCAGACUUUUAUUUAUAAAUAAUAUAGGAAAAAAAACAAAAAAAGCUAGUCCUGUUUGAUAUCUUUUUGCAAUUGUACCAAAAGUGACUUAUUCUUGAACUCCUCACCUGCUUCUUUUGUGCUCCUGUUGUGUUGAGUUGUCUGUGCUCUGAGGUCUUGUGUGGCGCUGUGAUGUGAUGGUGCCAAUGGCCAACUUUGCUGUGUGGGUGUCUUGUGAGCAUUCUUUUUGUGUUUGCUUUUCCUGUGCGGAGUGCAGAGGUUUUGUUGGGCAUUUCCUGAAGGUCCUGCCUCCUGGAACGAUUACCCAGUCAGAGGAAAUGGCUUCCCAGGUUACUGAGGGCUGAGGUCAGUCUGCUCAUCUGAGGUGUAAUCAGAACUGUUUGAGGACAGCUGGCAGACAAGUACUGCAUUCAAUUAUGUCAAAGCUCUCAGUUUGCUUCCUUGAUUAUGCUUGAUCUGUCCAAAGAUUAAACCCACUGUUAGAAGUGGGGGUUGAAUAGGCCAUUUAUUGAAGAUGGGAGCAGUGUUAACUUAGAGCUGGCCUAUGUAUAUUAUUUCUGUUGGUACACUCUUGGGCAGGGUUCUUCUGUAGCUGCCACUACACUCUUUUCCUUUCUUUCCUUUGGCAUAUUUGCAAAUUCUUAGGAAGGUGAGCAGGACGUGAUAUAAAGGCUAAGGUAUCUGUGGUGGUCAGUGUGACCCAGGAAAGUUCAGUUUUGCAGUUCUGUCUAUUGGAUGUUUAGAAAGUAUCACAGGAGUCCUAGUCCCUGCAUUUGGUAAAGGAGCUCUGACUGCUCUUGGCUAUCAUUCAACAGCCAAUCUCUUUUGAUUGGAAAGGAGAGGCUGUACCUUCUGUGUUGCUAUCCAGAAGCAGUUGGUGGUCUCCUUAUUGAGAGGAAACAUGUUGUGCUCAGUUUGUAUUAGUUAAAAUGGUUACAGGUGGGCAUUUAAAAAUUGAGGCUUUGCAGGCAAAACAGUUGCUUUUAGAGCCAGCACAGUGAGUGAUUGCUAGCGAGCUCUCAAAAGAUGGUAGAGAAAAUGAGUUCAGAGUUUCUUGUACGCACCUUUCGUGUGUGCUAGAUAAACCGUGAUCACCCUCAGUUUUUUGACUGACCAUAGCCUGAUCCUGAGUUGUAGAAUCUAGAAUACCUGCAGAGUUUAGAAAUGUAUAUGGAUUAUGUUGGGCAGCACAGAGCAUGACAGCUUUUCAGAACUGUAACACUGUCAGCUUUGAUGUUAACAGAGCAGUUGGAUCUCAUGGCUACAUCACUGGGGAAAAACUUCAUGUAUAUACAAAGAAAGGGUGUCAGAUACAACGGAGAUGGAGAAACAAAUCUCAGCUUAGCAGAUCCCCAAACACAAUAUCCAGUGAUUACAUCAGAAGUGUUUCUCCUCAAUUGGAUGAAACACUUCUCACUCCUCAACAUGUCAAAGCUUGGGCAGGACAAUACUUACAUGGGUGACAGGGGGAAAAAGAGAGCUUUAAAAGAGCAUAGAUAUAUUGCCAAAGUUCUCUCCCUGGUGCUUGCUGUCUCUCUUUGAGUUCAUACGUAUGCCACCGCCUUAGAGGAGUCAAUGGAAGUUUUUCUGCUGUGGAACAAGGUCUGCAUUUUCCCAUCUUCACUCCUCUGUCGACCUGUAUACCUGACUCUGAAUCCAGCAGAGCUUUGCUUCUUCUCUCCCACCCACUCAUGUUUUGUGCACAUUUCUGGAAUUUUUUUUUAAAUCAGGCAAUUGACAUGACUGUCCACUGAAACAUUUAUUCUUGGUAUUCUUUAAAAACAAAUGGAACAUGCUGCUCUAGGCUGCUGCUAGUGGGGAGGCAGUAGAUCUGUGUGUGCUGCAAGGGCUAGCCAUUUAACAGUCUGUACAUUUGGAUUCUACUGGAAGUACAACUAUUAUCUCUAAAGCUUUAUUUAGUUUGGAACCUAGUACAGAAAAGAGAUAAAGGCAGAUCCACUGUGAGCUCCUGGCUCAAGAUAUGUCUGUAUAGUCCUCUGCUGUGAACUCUUAUCAUUGCACACUUGCUGCUUGAAAUGGUAGGCUGAGGCUCCUUCCUCUCACUUGAUCUCCUUGUUAACAUCCCAUCUAGCCUUUUGCCAUGCCUUGACAUGCUGGGGGUACUUCUGUGAUGCUCUCUGUACCUGUAUACUGCAAAUGUGCAAAGGGGAACUUGGGAAUAAGCUGCAAAGAGAGGGGGGAAGGGACAAGGGACUCUGGUUUGGACACAAGUUUGCCUUGGCUGAAGAUUCUACCCAAAUUCUACCCUGUUUUACUUCCUGUACAUUUAGAAGGAACAGGUAAGGGGGCUACGGCUGGGGCAUAUAUUAACAGGUCUUGGCGAGGCCAAAACCUUUCUCAGCCACGACCAGUAGGUUUUAAAAUCUGAAAGUGAUUGAGCUUUGUAGGGUAUAUGGAGGAUCCUGUGGGCCAGGUUGAAGAGGAGACCACAGAGGUACUGAGGAGACCCCAGGCCAAUGACAGAAAAGUUAGAAAACUUUGGAAAUAAGUAUUGUUCUAUCUGGAGUUGCUGCGGCCAGAGCAUUCCUGCCUUUCACUAUUUCUUAUCUCUCUGCCUUUCUAGACACAUCCCUCUUCAUCCUUAAGCUAUGUAUUUUCUUCCCUCCAUUGCCCUCUAUCUUCUAGUCCUUGCCAAAGAAAUCCAAAUUCUGUGAAAACCAAACAGUUGUAAUCUGAGUAAGCAAUAUUUAUGCACACUUGUCAGACUUGUAGAACACAGUAGCACAUAACCUGGGCUUUCUGAUCACCAAAUUUGCGAAGGAAGGUGUGGGCACUAAAAUUAUUGUAGAUUUCCUGAUCUGUGAAUUGCACAAAUGGAAUUAUGAUCCUGGACUGUUGAGCUCAAUCAUAGCAAUUCUAUUCUUGUUUUUUGACCGAAAGAAUCUGCCUCUCUGUUGCACAGUGGUGUACUUGCUUACAGCCCCAGGGAAAGCAGUACAAUGAUACUUGCGAUGGUCCCAUACUUUGGCAUUUUAAAUGCAGCUUGUGUGUUAAUGUGCUUUGUAGGGCUCCCUUUCUAGGGUAUAAAUAACUCUUCAGCAAAAUGAAUAGUUCAGAUUUCCAUGUUGGCUCUCUUGAAACGAACGCUGUCAUGGUCAUAUCACUCUAAACACAUUUUAACUGCUCCCUGGAGUUGGCUGGGCUUCCAUUGCUGCUUCCUUUUAAUGAGUUGUUUACUUCUCUGUUAGAUUUCAGCUAAUGUUAGAUGUUUCCCUGUUGCAAAUCUCCCCUUUAGAAUUGUACCUCUUUCUGCUUUCAAGGCUUCAGAAGUGUGAAGAUGUCUGCAGUCAGGUUGCUGAAAUUAUAGGUGCUUAACCUCAUAGUGUAUAUCUGGCGUGUUUGCCUUUGGAACAUUUAAGGGACUGAAAUUCAAAUGGGGAAUCUUCCAGCUCCCAGGGACCCUUUGCAGCUUCCCCCUUCCCCCAUCCCUUUUCAGUGUGUCUGCUUCUACUAUUCCUGGGUUCCUCCUGUGUUCCUCCCAUCCCAGGUGCCUCUCUUAACCCCUUGCCCUUGAUUUCUCUCUGGUAUAUAGCAUUCAGAGUGUGAUGGUUCUUGUUUUAAGGUGCUUGUUUGUUUGGUUUUCCUGCUGUGAAGAGUGUUGUGUUUUUAGUUCUCCUUUCUUUAUGGGGCAUUUUGUUUGAUGCGACAGGUGAGGGAGCUUUUCUUUCAACCUGGCUGCAGAGCAAACCUGUGAAGUGUAAUUCUGCCCACAUGUGGCUGACUUGUGCCGGGGGUCGGGUGGGGGCUUGUUUAUGUUGUGGUGAACUGUGUAAAAGUGAUCUCUUGAAUUAUAAAAUGAUUACUGCUUCCCCUCCAGGGAAAAAAAGAGCAACCGGAACACUGCAGGCUAGGAGCCAGGAUACUUGCCAUUUGGGCAUGGAGACUGCUCGGAGUUUGCACUUAGAGCAUGUGCUCUUGGGGAUGGGUGUGCACAGGUGUGCCCGCAUGUGCAAAUAAGACACUGCAUUUCUGGUAUUUCUUGUGUCAGUAUUUGUGGAGGGGUUGGGUGCCCUUUAUAUAUUUGGCACACUCCAAAGAAGUUUCAAUAUGGCAUUUCUUUGUAUCACCUACAAACAAAACCUUUGCAUACUGAUGAAGGUGUGUGAAUCGUAUGUAAGCUCUAGUGGUACGUUGCUUUCCUUCUUACUGCAAAAUGGAUGAAUUAACUGACAGAUGCCUUUGUGCAUUUUCCUGAUGUCUCAACUCUGUCUGUGGUAGUAAGAACAAAUUCUGUUUCACAGGAAUAUUUAUUUCCUGUUUCGUAACAUAUCUGCUUCCUCUGAUAAAACAAAGAGGAGCUGGGGCUGCAAACUCAGUAUGCUCCUCCUCAUGUACAGAGACCAGGACAAGAUCUUAUAGCAAUCUAGCUGUGAACUUUUGACAAGUUCUUCCACAUAGGGAAGAUGAUUCUUCUCCUUUCUCUGACCCUUUAACUGAUGUAUAUGAGCACUGGAUGCUUGUGACUGUUAACUGUGUGAAUGAGAGAAAUUGUGCAGCUGUUGAGUGAAUAGUCUCCUUAUUCCCAAAGAAGGUAAGUUACUGCCUGGCUAGGGUAAGAGGAGUUGUGAUCCCAAGGUGGUGUGAAACCAAAUUCUAAUUGUCCUCACCCUCACCUGCAGUUUGCUCUGAGCUUAUUACACCCUUUGCCAAACUGGAAUGUUAUGGAGAAACAAGCAGAAAGUAUUCCGAGCACUUAAUAGGCUGAGGACAGCUUCUUCCCACCUUAAAGGUGUGGAGGAUGUGGUCCUUGCAAGAUAUUGGUGAGAAAUUCACUGCUGCUUUUAAACGUUUCUUAAAAGGGGAAGAUGAAUAUUUUGAUUUAAAAGAAUGUCCGAAGCUAAUAAAACUGAAGAUGAAUUCCAUGUGCCAGGGGUGUAAUAGCAUAUUGUCAAGUCCUGGAGCUCUGCUAUACAACAGUGGAGCCCAACUAAUUAAUCAGUAUUUAUUGCUAAAUUAUUGUCCUUUUUAAAUCUGUAGAUAUCUGAUAACUGUGGGGAAUUUGUUGACACAGCCCCAGUGGAGGUGUUGUUAAUUUAUUUAUGUAUAUAGUGUAUGUUUGUUGAUAUGAAACAUUCUUUAUUUUGUAUAUGACCAAUAAACAUCUUUAAAGAG